CAUGCGGGGCCCCGCCAGCCACCAGGAGCAGCCCCCAGCCCCAGCGCCCCAGCGCCCCAGCCCAGCCAGGUGAUGGAGUUGGAGCGGUCUGAUCCCCGCUCCCGAUCCCUUCUCCUAUUCCUGCUCCUGCUCUUUCUGUUGCCCCUGCCCCUGUCACUGCCCCUGUCGCUGUCCCAGACUCUGCCCCAGGAGCUGUCGCGGGAACCCUCGGGAACCUGGUCCUCUCCAGGCCCCAGUGGCUGUGCUCCAGACCCUUGCACCCACGGGGGCACCUGCCAGAACACUAGUAGUGGUGGCUUCCUGUGUGUCUGUCCCACGGAGCCUGUGGCCUAUGUAGGGACCUUCUGUGAGAAGCUCUAUUAUGCCUGCUCUGAGCAGGUCUGCCCCGAGAACCAGAUUUGCCAUGCAGCCCUAGGGGUUUUGAAUCACACCUGUCACUGUCCUCCUGGCUUCUGGGGUCCCAACUGCAGCUUGAUAGACUGUGGGGAGGAUGGCUGUCUUGGGAAUUGUGCUGCACAGCCUUGCCAUCAUGGGGCCACCUGCCUCGCAGCAGGGGCCGGCUUUGCUUGCCUCUGUCCUCCAGGAUGGACUGGUCCUCUGUGUGAGGAAGAUGUAGAUGAGUGCAUGUCAGGCCCCUGCCAGAAUGGGGCUCUCUGUGUGGACGGUCCAGGUGGCUUCCUGUGCUACUGUGUGCCAGGCUUCCAAGGCCCACGCUGUGAGCUGGACAUCGAUGAGUGUGCAUCCAGGCCCUGUAAGCAUGAGGCAUCCUGUGUCAAUCGUGUGGAUGGCUAUCGGUGCCUAUGUUCCCCUGGCUACACAGGACUGAACUGUGAGACAGAAAUAGAUGAAUGUGAAUCCGAUCCCUGCCAGAAUGGGGGUUCCUGCCUGGAGGGUGUCGGCUCCUACCAAUGUCUUUGUUCCCCCGGCUACACUGGACAUAACUGCCAGGUGGACAUUGAUGAGUGUGAGAGCCAGCCUUGUGCCAAUGGAGGCAUAUGCCACAACUUCAUUGAUAGGUUCCAGUGUAACUGCAGUGGGACUGGCUUCGAGGGUGCUCUCUGUGAGGUGGAAGUACUGGAGUGCCUGUCCAAUCCAUGUCUGCACAAUGCCACCUGUCUGGAUGGGCUGAGCAACUAUACUUGUGUCUGCCUGCCAGGUUACCAUGGAGAGCACUGUGAGAUGGAUGAGGACGAGUGUGGGGGGGCCCCUGCCUCCAUGGGGGCCUUUGUUUCCAGCGAUCCAAUCAAGUCACUCUACGGGGGAGCCCAACCUGUCUUUCCUGGGACCUUCAGCUACAGCUCAGCGGCUGGCUUUAUGUGCCAAUGUCUUCCUGGCUUCACAGGGGACAAUUGCUCCGUGGAUGUGAAUGAGUGUGAGUCCCAACCCUGCCUGAACGGAGGGACCUGUGAGGACCUUCCCAACAGCUUCCAGUGCCACUGCCUGGCAGGGUACACAGGUGUAUCGUGCACGGUCAAUGUUGAUGAUUGUGCAUCUGAGCCCUGUUUCCAUGGUGCGUCCUGUGAGGAUGGUAUAAAUGACUAUGUGUGCCACUGCCCCCCAACCUGGGGUGGGAAGGACUGCUCUGUCCUGCUCACUGGAUGUGAAGGUCAUGCCUGCCAACAUGGGGCCCAGUGCAUCCCCAUCUACAAGGCAGGGGCCCAUAGCUAUACCUGUCACUGCCUGCCAGGCUUUCAUGGGCCCAUGUGCACCCAAUCUACUACCUUUUCCCUGGCAACUGGUGGCUUCUUGCUUGUGGCACUGCCUGUGGGUGAUGGGCCUGGGCAGCCAGCUGUGUCGCUGAGGUUUCGAACCACACUGCCUGAUGGACUUUUGUUCUUCCGAGGAGACACCGUGGAAAGCCUCACCCUGGAGCUGUCUCAGGGCACCCUGUGGGCCACACUGAGGAGUCAGCGCACUGAGCUCCCCUUGAGCCUCAGCACCCCAUCCUUGAGUGAUGGGCAUUGGCACAGGGCUGAAGUGGUCCUCCACUCAGCUUUGGAGCUGAGGCUGUGGCACGAGGCUUGUGGGAAUGGGCACUGCCUGAAGAGCCAUCCCCUGGUAGAAGAAGUAGCCCUAGACUCUCCAGCCUUCCUGACUGUUCAUGUGGGUGGUGGGGCUGGGACCACCCCAAGCUUCGUGGGCUGCCUGGAGGACGUGCGUGUGGAUGGGCAUAUGCUGGUGCCUGAGGAUCUCGCUGAUGGCCGGCCUGGGGUACGGCUGGGCUGUGAGCAUACAGACUGGUGUAGCUCAGGGCCUUGUGACCAUGGGGGAUCCUGCGUUGACCUCUGGACAACCUUCCGCUGUGACUGCCCUAGGCCUUAUGAAGGCCCCACAUGUUCCCAAGAGCCACCAGCAUGGACCUUCGGCCUAGGGGGCUCCAACAGCAUGGCCUCCUUCCUGCUUCGAGAUGCACCAGGCCCCAACCUCUCUGUCUCUUUUGUUCUACGCACUCGUGAGGCUGCGGGCCUCCUGCUGCAGGUGACCAGUGACUCACUGCCCGCCUACACAGUGUUCUUGGCCAGAGGGGAGGUCUGUGUGGAGACAGCUUACACCUCAGUGGCGACCCUGCCUGGACGCUUGGAUGAUGGACGCAGGCACCUGGUGACCCUCAGCUUAGGCCCUGGACAGCUUCGAGGGCUGCCUCUGGGUCCCACCUAUGAGGUCCACAUAGGCGGUCUGGCCCCGCCCGCCUGGGCUGAGCACUGGGGUGGCAGCUUUAAAGGUUGCCUGCAGGACAUCCGUCUUAACAGUCUUCGCCUGGACUUCCUCCCUCUUCUUCACCCAGGAAACUGGACCAGUUCUGGGGAAGUGUAUGAAGGACAGGCCAGCAACCUUACUUUGGGCUGUGUCUCUGAAGAUACCUGCAGGUCUGAACCCUGUCACAAUGGAGGGACGUGCACUGUGACCUGGAAUGACUUCAUGUGCAGCUGCCCCCCCAAUUUUACGGGGCCCACGUGUGCUAAGCGCUUAUGGUGUCAGGACCAGCCUUGUCCCCCUCCCACCACCUGUGCUGAGGUUCCUGAUGGUUACGUCUGUUUGGCCAAUGCUACAUUCCAAGAUCAGCCACCUGCCGUGUUCACCAGCUACAACAUGUCGGCCAAACGGGAGUUUACAGCUCUCUCCUUGGCUUUCCGUACCCGGGACCCUGAGGCCAUCCUGUUGCAGGCAGCAGGGGAGGGGGCCUCCCUGUGGGUGGCCAUCCGCAAUGGCUCCUUAUCCAUGUCCAUCCAGAGUGGGAACAGCAUUGAGGGGGCCACUUUCAGAGGCAUGGUGCCUGUUUCCGACGGGGCCUGGCACCUGGUCACCCUGACCAUGGAGGAGCCAGCAGCUUCCAUCUCUCCCUGGUUGCUGCAGCUGGAUGGGGCCAGGAACACGACCCUUUGGGGCCAGGCAGGGAGCCUGGACUUCCUCCACAACCACGUGCAGGUUGUUUUGGCAGAAAACUUCACUGGCUGCCUAGGCCGUGUGACCCUCGGUGGCCUUGACCUGCCCUUCGUCCGCCUCGCCAUGUCUCUGCCCCAGCCAGAGCAGUUCCUUCUGGACGGUGGGGAUGACAUCAGUCUGGGCUGUCACGGUAGCCCCGUGUGUUUGGUGGAAGCCUGUCUCCAUGGGGGCACUUGCCAGGACCUCUUCAAUGCCUUCAGCUGUGCCUGCAGGGCCGGCUGGGAUGGCCCUCGGUGCGAGGUGGAUGUGGAUGAGUGUGGCUCUGCUCCUUGUGUCCAUGGCCAUUGUGGGAACCUGCCAGGCAGCUACCAGUGCCACUGCACCCCAGGCUACACGGGAAGGGACUGCGAGAGCGACGUGGAUGACUGCUUCCAGCACGCAUGCCUGCAUGGGGCCACCUGUGUGGACAGGGUCCUGAGCUACUCCUGUCUGUGCCCUCCUGAGUUCAGUGGCCCCCUCUGCCAGUGGUCCUUCCCACCAGAUGAGUGCGGCCACAAUUUCACUUGCCUGAAUGGAGGCCACUGUUCUGAUGGGCCCUGGGGAGCCAACUGUACCUGCCCGAUGGGCUACACAGGCCUGAGGUGUCAAAUUCGAGUUCCUGAGUGUGAACCCAACCCUUGCCAGAAUGGCGGCACUUGCCAAGGAGCCGGGAGUGAGGUUGAAUGUAUCUGCAGUAGUAGUUUUGGGGGCCGCCGUUGUGAUGUGGCUAAGGGGCCUCCGGUCAUGCUGUUCCCGUUCCCAUUGAUUGAAGUUGUUGUACCAGUGGCUUGUGGCUGCCUUCUGCUGCUCCUGAUUGGCCUCCUCUCAGGGGUCCUUGCAGCCCGGAAAAGGCGUCAGUCAGAGGGGACCUAUAGCCCCAGUCAACAGGAGGUGGCAGGAGCCCGGCUAGAAAUGGACAGUGUCCUCAAGGUGCCACCUGAGGAGCGGCUGAUAUGAAACCUCGCCCUCCACCCCCACCACCCACACAUACAGCCGCCUCCCAGGCCAUGGAUAGCAUUGAGGCCUGGCCUAGGGCAGGGAGCCUGGGGUCUAGCCGACCCAAUGAGGACACAUGGGGCCCACUACAUCAAACUGUAAAGGGGAACCCUAAGCCUUUGGGAAGGAGCUAUGUCACAAGAAGGCCCUUCUUCUUCCUCCCCUGGUGCCCACUGGAUCUCGGGACUUCUGAUUCGAUGCCCAGGGAAAACUGAGCCCAAUCCCAUUAGCCCUGGGCAGGCAGUGCCUGGAUUUAGGAAGUAGAAGGUCACAGAUUGUGUUACAGCAAAAAGCCCUGGAUUUGGAGUCAGACUUGUGGCCUGGGUUUGAAUCUUAGCUCUCCUCAUUCCCUGUGUGGCAUAUCCUUUCUCUUGGCCUCAGUUUUCCCUUUUGUAAAUUGAGAGGGUUGGAUUAGGUUAUUUCUAAGGGACCUUCCAACUUUAUCCAAUGAACUGACUUAGGUCAUUUGGUUAUCUUCUCCCUUGAUGAUAGGAACAGGGCAGGGAAGCUUCCCAUGGUAACUCUUCCUCAAAUCUGACCCCUAACAGCACCGUACAGACGACUCGAAAUGGGGUAGAGACAGGCAACAUAGACCCAAUGGGGCUCUGGACCAGGUAGAAACUGCCUGUCCAGGGCCCUCCCCCUGGCCUGCCCGAGACUUCCUGACGGCCACUGGCAGAGUGUGCUAGGAUGGGGCCAAUCCUUCAGCCCCAUUCCCUCCUGCUCAGUCUCAGCAAGAGUUUUAAGCCUCUGGAUGCUUCCGUGGACUCUCCAAGGGAAUUCUGCACCGUGUCUUCCAUGCAUGGCCCUCCAUCUCUUUCCCCUAAUACCUGUGGCUGGGUCCUAGAUGGGACCACGGGCAGGGAGCACACAUGAAGAACGCUUGUUGAGGACAGCAUCUCCCCCUUAUCUUGGUCACCACCUUUGGGUCAUCCUUAGGAAAUGGGGAGGAACUCAGGGAACCAAACCCGAAUGAUAGGAAUAAUGCAAGGAAGAUAGAAACCACCUCCCUCUGCCCCUUCCUUCUUUCUUGUACCCAUGCAUUCCUGCUUAAGGAAUUGUGCUUCAGCUGGGCUGAGGCUGUGUGUGUGUGUGUGUGUGUGUGUGUGUGUGUGUGUGUGUGUGGUGAGUGAGAGAGAGGGAGAGACAGAGAGAGAGAGAGAGAGACUGAGACUGUGUGGGGGCAGAUUUCUAUGAGUACAAAUGUAUGCCUUUCUUUAUGUGCCUACAGGCACAUGUUCACAUCACACACAUGUAUAUGCAAGUGUGUGUACGAGGCACAUUUGUGCAUGUACAUAUCUAUGUGUAUGUAUAUUUGGUUGUGGGACAGGCCAAAUCAGGUGAGGAGAGGAAGGGAAAGCUGUAUGUCACAAGUCUUUGGGUUUCCUUGAGUUACUUGGGGGCUUGGCUGGAGUUGAGCAGAGAACAGAUCCAUAGGAUGCAUGAUUUCCCAUUCCCAUUCGGUGGAGCAUCUGGGAAAUCAAGAUGAAGAAAUCUCAUCAAGCCUGUGAGCAGCUCCCCUCUUCCCAGGAGUUUCAGUGGCACUUCCCUCCCAGUAUAUAGGACAAGUCACACACACUGGAACUAAAGACAUGAAUUGUACUACUGAGCUUUCUAACACUGGAGCCCGGAGCCCAGAAGUGCCUUUUAAAGACUUUAACACGCCCAUUUGACUUCCUUGCUUUUGAUUGUAAUGUGUUAUUUUUAUAUGCUUACAGUGGUGAUGGUGAUUUUCAUCUUGUAUGUUGUCCUCUCUCACAACUAUAAUGGUGUUUUCUCCUGAGGUUAACACAAAGCAAUUCAGCAACCAACAGACCAGGGGACGUACCACAUUGUCUGGUGUCUCUGCAACCAUUUUCUUGGGUGUAAUGGCUAGUAAGCCUCUAUGUGGCAAGUGAAGACUAUGAGUUAUCACUCUCAGCCGGGCAACCAGAAAAAACUAGCAGAAACUCUUAGGCUAAAAUGCUCUAUUCUUUUGAAUCAUUUUACCUGCUGCUGACUCCAGGUCCCCCCCGCCCCCACCUUGGCAUCAGAAAAUUUCUUGUAGCUCUUAUUAAAUCCCAGCUUGUCCAUUUUCAUACUCAAAAUCCCUUUUUGGGCACUCUAUCCAAAAACCCCACAGGAGCGAUGUGGCAGCUAGGGAAACAAAGCUAUCCUUAGCUUUCGAAGUGCUCUCUGAUUGUCAUGCAAGUAAAUCAAAGGGCAAGAAUAAAUAAGUUAGGUAAAA